UCCACUUCACUUCCCUUUGUAUACUCCCAUAAAAACCCGAUUUUCAAACACAAAAAAAUUAUAAAAAAAACUAAUGGAUUAUUAUUAUUAUUUCACAAACUUUGUUACAACAAUUAUCAACAAACUACAAAUUAGUGAUAUACUCUUAGCCUUACUAGGCUAUUUCUUAUUCUCUUGCAUACAUGAAAAACUAACAAACAAAGGCCCUACGUUAUGGCCUAUUAUUGGAAUGAUCCCCUCAUUUGCCCUUCAUUUUAAGGACAUUCAUGAAUGGAAUACAAAAGCUUUGGAAAAAAGUGGGGGAAGUUACAGGGUUAGAGGUAUUUUAGGUGGAUUCCCGGGAAUUAUGGUAGCUGAUCCUGUAAAAAUUGAGUAUAUUCUUAAAACUAAUUUCAAAAACUUUCCCAAGGGUGUUUAUUAUAGAGAAAGGUUCAAUGAACUUCUCGGCAACGGAAUAUUUAACUCCGACGAUGAGGAAUGGAAGGAGCAACGCCGUAUUGCUACGUCGGAGAUGCAUACUAGUCGGUUUGUGCAUUACUCUUUGAAAACCAUGCAAAGUCUUGUGCAUGAUAAAUUACUCAAGGUAAUAGAGAAGCAAGUUAUAUCAUCAGAAGAUCAAGCAAUGGACCUUCAAGAGUUGCUCCUCCGUUUCACCUUUGACAACGUCUGUGUGGCGGCAUUCGGUGUUGAUCCUGGUUGCUUAGCUCUCGACUUGCCGGAAAUUCCUUUUGCCAAAGCAUUUGAAGAAGCAACAGAAUACUCUCUGUUUAGGUUCUUGGUUCCAGCAGUUGUAUGGAAAACUAUGAGGUUCUUCAAUAUUAGCAAAGAAAAAAAGCUUAAAAAAGCAGUAAAAAUUGUGCAUGAAUUUGCUGAAACAACAGUUAAAAAUCGUAAAGCAGACUUAAAUAAGCCUGGUAAAUUUGAUCAAGAACCUUGUGAUCUUUUAUCUAGACUUAUAAAGAUGCAAGAUCAUCCUCUAUUAUGCAGAACUUCCCACACCACAAUUUUCUCUGAUAAAUUCCUCAGAGAUUUCUGUAUAAGUUUUAUCCUAGCAGGACGCGACACUAGCUCUGUCGCGUUAGUCUGGUUCUUUUGGCUAAUACAUAACCACCCACAAGUCGAAUCCAAAAUCCUACAUGAAAUUAACGAGAUUUUAGCUCAAAGGAUUGAAACAACGAAAGAUCAGGAUCCAAAAAAAGUUGUCUUCCUAGGAGAAGAACUUGACAAAAUGGUGUAUUUACAAGCUGCAUUAUCAGAAUCACUAAGACUGUACCCAUCUGUGCCAAUUGACUUUAAACAAGCCAAAGAAGACGAUGUUUUCCUGGAUGGUAUGUCAAUACAAAAGGGUCAUAGAGUGUUGUACCAUGUUUACGCAAUGGGAAGGGUGAAAUCGCUAUGGGGGGACGAUUGCUCGGAGUUUAGACCAGAAAGAUGGUUAAAAGACGGACAAUUUAUAAGCGAGAAUCAGUUCAAAUAUGUUGUGUUCAAUGCAGGUCCUAGACUGUGUGUUGGGAAGAAAUUUGCUUAUACACAAAUGAAAAUGGUAGCUGCUUCAGUUCUUUUGAGGUAUAAAGUUAAGGUAAUUGAAGGCCAAGAAAUAACUCCUAAAGUUACAACCACUCUAUAUAUGAAAAAUGGUUUGUUAGUUACCUUUCAACCAAGACAAAUUUCGUUAUCUUAGUUUGGUUGGGGAAUUACUUUUAUGAAUAAGGUAACUAGGAACCCUUGUUACCUAGUAGAAAUUGGCUUUGUAUAACUACAUAUAAGACAAGGGUGUGUAUGUGCAAGAUCUAUAUAUAUAUAUAUAUAUAUAUAUAUAGGAUUGUUUAUGUGAAAAUUAUUAUCCAUAUAAUGUAUACCUUGUUUUAUUGA